AUGGGUACAAUCACAGGAGGGUCGAACAAAUCCGCGGAGCUUGUCGUUUUCUUUGACCUGGCAUCCAGUGACAAAUGCAACAUACCCCGCAGUUCGGUUUCCGUCGAGAUCUUGGUCGACGGUCGAAGACUGCCGCGUAGUUCUGGCGGAGCGAGCAUGUCCAGGAUGGAGGUCCCGCACGACAAACUGUGGUCUCCGGCGAGGCCUGAGCUUGUAGAUUUAAGAAUUGAGGUCACCUCGAAGGGCACCGUUCUCGACAUUUUCCACGAGAAGAUCGGCUUGCGAACUCUGGGGUCGAACGCAGCGCAGCGCAUCACGUUGAAUGGGAAUCCGACUAUGUUGAAGGGCAUCAACCGGCACGACAAUUUUUUUCUUUCGCACGACACAAACGCGUUAUACGAGGGACUGCUGUACUUCAGGGAUGUGCUGCUGUUGCUGGAUCCGGAGAGUGCUGCGACGCGUCACUUGGUACACGGGAGCGGAAGUGGCGGGCCGGGGAUGGUGGGCUCAAGAACCGGUGAAGGUGGAACCGCAGCAGAAGCUGCUGAUGUUCCUAGCGGAAAUGAUGGUGACGGAGAAGAUCCAGCAGUCGAAGCACAGUUUCGACAAAAAGCAGAUGCGGUGUGGAAAAACGACUUGCAGGAAACGUUGGCCAAGAAUACAGCAGUGCAGUCUUCCAGAGAGAUCAGUUUGUUGUCGAAAGAAGCGAAGCUUGCUUUUGCCAGUCGUGGAUUUGUCGACGUGACACUCCACGUGUCCCGCACAGCUGCGCUGCACUUUUUGGAAUUCGCGAACAAAGUGGGAGUACUCCAAAAAGCUCUCGACUGCAUUUCGGUCGCAGCAGCAACACAGCUCCAGAUGUUGAAGAGCUCUGCGGUGGAUGAUGUUACUGGUGCUGCAGCAACAUCGGAGCACUCGCCUUUCGCCACCCCGACGCAUUUGUUCGGGCACAAAGGUCGCUGCAGUUCCAAGGAAAAGGAUCACGCGUUUUUCCGCCAGUUUCUUAUCGACCUUCGCGAGGUGCUUUUGGUGAAGGAUUUGAAUGCGAAUUUUGUUCGCGGGGCGCACUACAGCCAGGGUGAGGUUUUCUUGACCCUCUGCGACAUUUUCGGUCUUCUCGUCUGGGAGGAAACUAUGUCUUGGCAAGCCUCGCAGGGCGACGCGGCGCAUCCGGCCUUCGUGCGUGCGCAAUUAGAAGCCAUGGCCGGCACCGUUGCGGCGCACCGAUUGCACGCGAGCGUCGCGGUGUGGGGAUUCCUGAAUGAAGUUGACGGGCGCGAGCACUCAACAAGGAGUCAGUGGAGUGACGAAGAAAAGCACCGAAUCACGGUAAACGCACUGGAGGACGACGAAGGCGAGGAAACAGCAGGAGAACAAGCGUUUUUCACUAGCUCAACACACCAGCAGCUGCCUGGCGACGUUUCGCACAAGUCAUGGUUUCCACGAGCGCGAGACUUGCUGCUAAUGCGUUCCAUCUUGCCGAGAGAUUCUUUUUCUGUUACAACAGCAUCAACAGAUGAAAUGUUGACACCCAGUCGAGCUGCAACAUCUGCAGCUGCGAAGGGCGAUAAAGGAAAAUCUCUAUCAUCUCAUGCAUCAGCACCACCCAAGAGCAGUCCGACGACGACUUCAUCCUCAUCGGUGUCCAAAAUUCUGCAGCCCUCCCCCCGCGGUUCCAACGCUGUGAAAUACCUGAUGGCGCUGCUGCUCCAGGUCUGCGCGCACUACGACCCGUCCUUUUCGAUCACCGAGAAGAACAAGUCGAGCCGGUUCCGCAGCUUUGCCAGCCGGUACAAGACGUCGGAAAGCCAGGAUGUGUUCGACCUCGUGGACCUCGUCGUUUUCAACGACUACCCGGGCUGGUACGACCUGUCCACCGAUCUCGCUGAAACCGUCACGUCGUUCCGCCACUUGUCGCUGUCCGGGCACCAAGUCCAGGCCCGCGGCGCGAAGCCGGUGCUCAUCGGGGAGACCGGCGGCGGCGGGUUUGUGGGAUACUUGACCGGCGACAAGGCGCUCACCUGGUCCGAGGAGCGGCAGGCGCUGAUUGUCGGGCUGGCCGUGCUCGCGAUCCUCUUCACCGAAGAGGCGUUCGCGGGGUUGUGCCUGUGGCAGUUCGCGGACCAGUUUGUGAACACGAUGAACGUCGGCUACGAAAACGUCGCCGCGAAAAUUUUUGGGUUGGUGACAGCCAUCGAAUCGCCGAAUUGGGAGCGCGAGGACCGGCCCUUCCCUUUCCGGCCGAACGGUCUGAACAACAAGGGCCUGCUGUCGCACGACCGCCGCUACCCGAAAUUGGCCUUCGACGUGGUGAAGUCGCUGUACCACCCGUUGACGACCAACGACGUGGCGUUCGACUUCUUGCAGCAGAUCGGGCUCCGGGUCCAGCAGGCGAAGCACGGCAAGGCGUUUUUGCUGAAAAACGUGCACCACCAGGGGUAUCUCGCGGUCCACUGGUGGAACGACAUGGACGCGCACCACAGCAAGGCGCACGCCGACGUCCCGCACGCCUACAAAAUUCACACGCACAAGCAGCGAAACCGGGCCGGGGUGUGGGAGGCCAUCGGGAUUCGGGCCGCGAAGGACCAUCUGGCCGUGUCGCUCCGGUUGAUUGGCCACGAGGACCAGCGCGCGGACCUGCUGCAGGGGGUGGAAGACUCGAAAAACAGCUUCGUUUUCGUCGCGGCGGACGAUGUGGAGGUGGAUUUGGGCCCGGAGGAAGGCGGAAGCGGCAGUCUGGAGGUGCUGGCGGUCUUCAACGAGGGCGGCGUAGCGGCGCACUUCCAGGUGGGGCUCGAGCAAGAGCUCUUUUCCGAAACCGGGUUCCCGGCGAAAAUCGAGCCCAUUGCCUUUUCGAACCUGCCCGAGAAGGAACGAACCGCGGUCAUCGGGGAUGCAUGCAUCUGCCUAGCGGAGCAGCGCUGUAAACUGCUGAUGGAACGACCAGAAACUACCGGUGGAGGACUUGCAGCUGGUGGUGAAGCUGCAAAGAACAAUAGUGCCGGCAAUAAUGAUGUUGAAACGGGUGCUGGGGUCGUGACCACAAGUGAGGCGAAACAGGAACCAACACAACAUGCGCCGUAUGCUUUUGACGUAUGGGGUUCGUCGUUUUUCGCCCUUGAAGGCAAGGCGCCGCGGGCCUCGCAGAUAGAAAGUGGUGGCCGUCUAGGCUUUUUCCUGGUAGGCUCUGAAGCUGGGCGGGAAUCCCAGGGGAAUCUUCAUCUGGCACCGAAAAAUCCCGGCUUUGAGCGCGAUGAAGAGUCGCAUUACAUGGGACUUCAAAGUGAGCCUAGGACACCUGAAGAGUUCUGGUGGGAAAUGGAAUUUGUGUGAACAAGUUUACAUGCUAAAUAAAAAAAGCAAUUCGAACAUCACGAUCGAUGGCACUCCAGGGCCAGAAGAGCGCAAGUUCCUGAUCUUGCACCUGAACAGGGCGAC